GUCGGCACGCGGCUCUUCAAGUUGCCACGUCGCAAAUUCGAAGGAGACUCUGAGGUCUUCAGGGACAUGUUCACCAUACCCCCUGGUGACAACAUCGCUGAGGGUCAGUCGGACGAGCAUCCUCUCAUGCUCGAGUCGAUCCAAGCCGAAGAGUUUGAAUCGCUCCUGCAAGUAAUGUUUAGACCUCACCACGCACCUACUGCAGAGGAAGCGAAGGAGCUCUCACGCGACGAGUGGGUGCACGUCCUCAAGCUCACCACAAUGUGGGGCUUCGAAAAGCUACGGCGCAUCGCUAUCGAUAGCCUGACACCGCUGCUGCAGAAAGAGAAUCCUGUAGGAUGGAUCACGCUUGCGCGCACGUACGAAGUAUACGAGUGGCUGUUGCCUGCUCUUCAUGCGCUCGCACGCCGCACGAAAGUCCUGCAGCCGGAGGAGGUCGAGCCUUUGGGUAUCAUCACAGUCGUGAAGAUGGCGGAAGUUCGGGAAAGCUUCCCCCUCGCCGACAGAAACGGGAACUAUUAUCGUGGGUACGCCACACGCGAGACGCAUGACUUCAUAUCCGUGAUUCGUAGGGUUUUCAAAGAGGAGCUGAGAGCAGCGAAACCAUUCGAAUCCAUCGAUAUCGGUAAGGUAGAUUAUUCUUGGGACUAG